AUGAAACAGCGAGAGCAUUGCGUGGCCACUCAAACAGAUCCAGUCAGUUCGUCCAGCGAAUUCACGGACUGCGACAUGGAUUGUCAUCUCAAUUUCAACGACUACAACAACGAAGAUGAAGGCCAUUACGAAGAGAUUGAUAUUCCGUAAGCCUAUAUUUACCGUCGAUAUAUAUUACAUUCUGAUAUUUCUUAUCCAUUUCCCACCGCAUUCUCUUGUUUCCUCAUUGUCCUAAUCGCAAAAACAUCCGAAAACAAUGGGAGGAAAUUCCCUUUGAUCUUCGCCGUCCUCCCAUUAAGGCUCGUUAAAAGUAUCGACGUUCCCGGAGAGGGCCAAGAAAAUGUUUUUUGAGAGGGAAGGAGAUAAAUCCAUAGCAAAUCUGUUUGACAAUUUUAUGAGACAAGAUCAGAAAGAUCAGAGAAGAAUGGGAAAUGCCUGGGGGAAAUCGAACAAUAAAGGAUUUUCAGAUGUUUUUUGAGGUAUUGAAAGAAGCAUUAAUUGGGACGGCUUCAAAGUGAGCAUACCUACAGUGACAGACCUGAUCAAGUGGCAAAAAAACGUACCAUUUUGCAUCCGGGAAGCAUCAAAAAUGUGGCAAAAUGGUUCCCUCUCCAAGUGAAAAAACUUCGUUUUGAAGACGCGCCCAUUUUGCCUCACAAAACAGAGCGGGCGCGCUUUUGAAAACACAGUUUUUUCACUUGGAGAGGGAAGCAUUUUGCCACAUUUUUUAUACUUCCCGGGUGGUAAAUUGUACGUUUUUUGCCACCACUGGAUCAGGCCCCCACUGUACUACGAGCCGCGCAAGAAAGUCCGUAGAAUUCGCGGAAUGCGUUUUUUUCCACGAAAACGCGGACGGCGAUCUGAGAGAAUAACACUUUUUGGCCAUACCUUUCCAGUUUUUCACGAAAAAAAAUUUUAUUUUUAUGUGAAAACAUUACGUCUUUUCUCAGAUUCUCGUAAAAAAAUCGUAAUUCUCUGCACUUUGCUUCAUCCUUGACCUUUCUGAUCCCUGGUUAGUGGCCGUACCCGAUAAAAACAAUCAAAAACUAAUCGAAAAAGCCGACGUAUCACACAAUUAAUCUUCCCCAACGCUUGCGUUUGAAUUUGCCAGAGGGGUUGCCUUUAAUUAAGAAAGACGGCUUUCCGAUUUUUUGAUAGAAGCGGUUUUUUGAGGGACGCUGACUUGAUCCAGACUUGAGUUGGUUUUCUGAUAUUCAGACGGCCAUACCUGCUGCUUGAGCAACCUUUGAAUUGCAAUUUUUUACGGCUUGGAAAGCAAAAUGUUAAAAAAGUUUUUUUUUUGUCAGUAAUUGGCAAAGAUAUGGGCCGAGUUUUUCACAAAUGCCUAUGUGCCCUAUACAGCAUAAGCCAUAGAAAAUUCAAGUCUAAAAUUAUGCCGAGAUUUACGAUGUCUAAUAUCAGCCUGUCGGGAAAAUAGUGGCGGGUCUUCGCGCCUUGGAAUCGCCCAUCAAGCGACGGCUGGAAAUUUGGGGCCUUUUUUCUACGAGGCAAAGCGUUUUGCUCCAUCUAUUUUUUCUGACUGAUACAACCCCAUUACAAGGAUUUUGCAACUUUCAAGCUCGACCUUUACACUCUCUUUGAACCUCCAAAACAACCACCUAAUCCUUGUUUAACCCCAUUGUCUCGGAAGUAUAAUUUCUCAAACUUAUCCAUUACCUUUUUACAACCUUGUUCAAACCACUCCAAACGCAAUCAAUUGAGUUGUUAACAAAGAAAAAUUAAACCCACUUUAAAGUCAGUUUUUUUGGGAUGAAUGGCGAAAAACGGCCCAAACAAUUUAUCGCGACUUUAGCGCACUGCGAGUUUUAAUGUGAUUGAGAUGGGUCGAUUAGAGUGGGUUCGCAAAUUUAAGGAGCUCCGGUGGCCUCGCCGGCCCUGGACUUGUAAGCCGCCGUUGAUGAAGGCGAAGUACAAAAGGUAGGGUGAUUUUGGGAGGUCUUUGCGAUGCUUCGAAUUUUUUCUAAUUCUUCUGCGACAUGUAUUAUAUUUGCUAUCCGAGAGUGUGUGGGCCAUGUGGAGGGCGGUCAGAGAUAAAAAAUAUAUACUUUUGGCCGUAACUUUGGCAGGAAAAACUUGAUUUUUUGUGGGAAAAUUAGUCUCUGUGGUAGAACUAUGUACCUAUGAAACCUCUCGUGCCAAUUGAUGCGUUUAAUAACUUUGCGGGCAGCUAGUAAAAUCACGGAGAUUCUGCGGGCAUGUUUGGAAAUCAGCUAACAAUUGCUUACAACAGGAAAUUAGAACGACAGAUUUGGCAACCAGAUAUUACAAAUUAAGUUUCCAGGCGCAUAGGUGGCUUGAAUAGUUACCAUAAAGUUAACCAGACAUUUUGAAAGUUUCUCAAAACCAUUUUUUGAAAACAAACUCCCAGAACUUUCAAAGCGGUAGAUGAAUUCAACCUAUUCGUGUACUUAUCGGUACCUGGGAGUUGUCAGUGCAAAAUGUAUAUCAUUCUACGUAGAUUACGGUAGAAAAAUCGUAAUUCUAAGCGGUAAAUGCCGGCUGCCAGCAAAGUGGUUACAUGCAAGACUCGCGGCAAUGUGUGACCUUCCCUUAUGACCCGCCAAAACCUGGGCUCUUUUUAGUCGCAUUUUGACCACUUCCCCUGUAAACCUUUCGUUGUACUUGACUUUUGUUAAGAAACCUUCUCUUUUCUGUUUUUCUCCAACCUCAAUUUAUCCACCUCUCUACAGAACCCUCUCGUAUUCUUCUUCACCCCUUAAUCACCGCUAGACCAUAAAUUUGUUCAAGUGUGUUCGGCCCAACUUGCGUCGCCAAAAGGCCCGGUUUAUACAUUCAUUUGGGAACACCUGCUGUUAUUUUUUCCAAUCAAAAUCUUGGUAGAAACCCCUGUGGCCAAAAAAAACGAGAGAAAACCCAAAGAGAAAAAAAACGGAAUCAACGUGAGCGAUAUCUAGAUGAGGGCCACUCUUAGUUCUUUGGAUUAGUGAUGAGGGUCCUAGGUGUUUGCCUGGAAGAAGUUUUCGGUGAGAUAGUGGGUAUAGAUGAUAUACUAGACAAUUCAUAUCAGUCUGUCGGGAAAAUAGUGGCACAUCGCAGCAAAAUGUUUCGCCUCGGUGAAAAAAGGGUUCAGUCGCGCAUCAAAUUUCCAGCUGCGGCUAGCGACAACCCCACACUAUUUUCCCGAUCGGCCACUCCCAGUUUUCUUCAGUCGAACUGGGGAGGUCAUCGAAGAGAAACUUGCUAAUUUUAACGGCAAAAACUUACGAAAGUUCGCUGAAAAAAUCACCAAUUUUUGAUGACAAAGAGAGUACAAGAAGGGUGGGGAAGAGCCGCAAAAAACCUUCUGACCUUAGCUUUGCGAACUUUGUGUGGAAAAAUCGAUUUUUUUGUUGAAGCAUUACCCUGUGCGGUAACAAUUUGUAUGACAUUUAUUUAUGUCAAAAAAUAGCCAAAAAUGUCACAACUUUGGCAACUUUAAACCAAAAAACAUCGAUCAUUUCUGCAAAGCGUUAGCUAUAAAUCUCGCAUACGUCUUAUAAUAGAAAAAUUCAGCCUAAAUCUGCAAUUCGACAUUGCUACUUGAGAUAACAGCGUUUUCACAAAAAGUCAAGGCUUUCCGCUUCAAGCCGUCAAGAAAGGGAUCAUAAUGACUUUUGUGACCCUACUCUGCCCACUUUCCGCACUUUCGUUUUCUCUCAUUGACGAAGAUAGUGCAAUCUUCAGGAUUCGCCUAAAUUUUCACACCUCUUCCGGUUAAUUUUCUGAUUUGUUUUGAUUGGCGGACUCUGCCACUUCUAAUUUGACGACCUUUUUUUGCGACAGCCGAUAAUUGAGCUAUUUUUGAGACUUGAGCCAUCAAACCCGAACCAUUCGUAUCCCACCUUUAGGCAUUCGUCCCGGAUUCUCCGGUCGGAGACGGAUCACUGAUCCCGAUUUUUCUACUUUUCAAGGCCAAUUCGUACUGUAAAAAAACUGCUCAACAAAAAAUAAUUUUGCGAACUUUAUUUUGCCAUUUUUAUCUAAAUUUUUUUGGAUACUUUUUGACACUUUUUAGAACUCUUUUGCAAUUUUUUGCCUAAAAAUCGAGCCCAUUUGUACCAAAUGGGCUACUGGUUGUAAAGUUCCAUUCUCCAAGUGCCAUAAAUCAUCGCAUGAGGCCACUUGAUGCCCGGCGAUUAGAAACAUAUGAUUUUGGCUCAUCAUAUUUUAUAAUAUGGGGCUGGCCGAGGGAUUGUCUGUUUGCUUUUGCCAAGGAUUUAUGAGACUUCACACCUCAUUCCAGAGAGGUUUGUUCUAAUUGAGCUUGAUUUUUAGAUGGGUUGAGGCUUGAGAUUUCGAAGUUUAGGUGCAAUUUUUUGGAAAAGGAAAUAAAAGCUGAUUCAAAUGCCCUUCUAACAGGGGAAGUACUCCAAGUGCGACGCUCAGAUUUUCUUUAAAUUUUGCACACACGUCGGGUAUGGACUAAAUAUCAAUUCCUGAAAGUUUUAGCUCGUGCUUUGCGGGCCGAAAGAAAAAAGCUUUUUGGCCAUAACUUUGGCAGUUUAGAGUGGAAAAAUUUGAUUUUUUGUAGAAAAAUUAUCAUUUACGGUAGAAAUAGGCACGAAACUUUUCGUGCCGAAACUCGGCAAAAAGUCCUAAAUUUUGGCCGACUUUUGAUCUAAAAAUCUCGGUUGUUUCUGCAAAGCGCAAGCUAGGAUUCUCGCUUAUAUCUUAGAAAAAAUUACUCUAAAUCCGUGCCAAGUUUCACCAAAGUCCGAGCGUCGCACUUGGAGUACUUCACCGGUAAGAAGGACAGUUUUUCAUGUGGGGCACUAAGAUUUUCCUAAAAUUUCUAUGCGAGCUUUAAAAAUUAUGUUUUCGAGAGAGCACGCAAAGUGUGCAGGAUGCAGGCAAUCAAUAAUGUUUGCCCAUAACUUUUUUGUUUCUGCCCGGGGAAAAAAUUUUUUUUGUAAAACAAAAUUUAUGCCUACGUAGUGAUUUAGCUUGAAAUUUGCAAACCAAAAUUUGCAAAAAAUAGAAUUUCUCUUUGGCAACUUCGAUUCAAAAAACCUCAGUGGCGUCGCGACACUUGCGGGCAACCACUUUGCGGGCAACCAGUUUGCGGGCAAAUUUUUUGCGGGCAGCCACUUUGCGGGCAAAAUUUGGGGGGUCACAUUUGCGGGCAGCUGAAACAUUUGCGGGCGGCUGAGACACUUGCGGGCAGCCUGGGACACUUGCGGGCAACCGACACUUGCGGGCAGCCGACAUUUGCGGGCAACCGGCACCUGAGGAUUACAGGGUGGAGGUGAAAAUAUUACUGCAAUAUUUUGGAAAUUUGCCGACAUUUGCGGGCAGCCGACACUUGCGGGCAGCCGACGUUUGCGGGCAACAGGAAAAAACAAUCACACAGACUGUAUAGGAACUUUUGGGACUGUUGCCCGCAAAUGUCGGUUUCCCGCAAGUAUUGCCUGCCCGCAUAUGUCGGAAAACUUCUAAAAUAUCGAAGUAAUUUUUCCACCUCCACCUUGUUAUCCUCAAGCGCCGGUUGCCCGCAAAUGUCGGGAAAUUUCCAAAAUAUCAUAGUAAUUUUUGCACGUCCACCCUGUUACUCUCACAAUCAGGUGUCGGUUGUCCGCAACUGUCGGCUGCCCGCAAAUCUUCCAGGCUGCCCGCAACUGUCGACCCUGCCCGCAAAUGUCCCAGGCUGCCCGCAAAUGCCGGUGCUGGCCGCAAAUGUCGGCUGCCCGCAAAGUGGCUGCCCGCAAAAAAUUUGCCCGCAAACUGGCUGCCCGCAAAGUGGUUGCCCGCAAGUGUGCGCCCGCCACCUCAGUGGCUUUUGAAAAAAAAAACCAUCAAGGUUCUACGAUCCUCGUAUAUCUUAUCAUUAUCCUCUCUGAUAACCACUUUCCGUCCAGAUUUUCACUUUGUUUUAUCUCCUCAAAAUGUCUAUGUUUCAAAAACAAUCUCAGAAUGCCCCUGUUUCUCAUUCGAAACAAUUGCUCAAAUCAAUGACAUCACGAAUUGUCAUCCCCUCGUCGAACCUUUUACCUCAAAAACAACGAAACUCUCACGCUAAACGACAUAAUCUCACUAAUUUUAGGAGUGCCGUGAGUAUGGAGAGGAUACUGCUCCUGGAUCAGCCUGUCGAUUAUGAGGUAAGAAGUUUGACGAACGUUUUUCUCUUUUUUUUAUCUUGCCAUUCAUCUCUUGUCAUAGAGAAAAAACGGCUGACAAAUCAGCAGCGAUUCAUAAUGAGGACAAUCGUUUUGAAGACCGGAGUUUUGAAGGGUUACGGGGGCAAACGAGUAGGUGUUCGGCGUUGCCGUCCUUGCCUUCGAGGUUUUUGAGGGGAAAAGUUGAUUUUAUGGAGGUUCAAAAUUUUGAAUAGUAGGCGAUUUCGUUGUACAAAGAAUCAUUUUGGCCUACAUUUUGCGCUUGGGACCUGAGAAAUUGUUUGUUUCAAUAAAUUUUUGUUGCAUGAGAGAAAAAAACCUCAAACUUUUUGAUCAUCGACCUAACAAUUGUAAGAAUCUUGAUUAAUUUUUGUAAGAAAACGUUAGGCCAAAUUUGGACCAAGUUCCAACGAAAUCGCUACUGUUUAGGCUAUCAAAUCUUCAAUUUUGCUCCAUUUUCGAUCAAUUUUUUAAUCUUUGAUUGGUUUUUGAUCCUUUUGAUACACCACAAAUCACAAUAGACUCAUUCUGAACUUUCUCAUGGACUUUCAAGAUCCACUAAAACCGACCAAUGUUCAAAUCAUUAAUUGCAGCACCGUUUUUGUCCUGCAGAUUCUACUGUCUUCGCUCUUGAUCAAUCUCUCUCUCCAGCCAUAUCCACAACACUAUUAAUAGUCUAAACAAUCCAAAAAAUCCCGUCUCUGCGUCAAUAAUUUGCCCGCCGUCUCAAUAAACGGCCCAUUAAUCCUAUACCGCAUCGAAAAAAAUCGAUCACAAAUUGUUUUCGGGGCGGACGAAAAAAAAACGACGACGGCCCUGUUUUCGGAUCGGAACAGGGGUCUAUGACACUAAUCGGUCCUCAACGGCCUUAUGACAAGUUAAGGAGGAAGAAGCCUCAGGAAAGCCGGAGGAGUUGUAGUUGGACUAUAAAAAAAACUUUGGAAGCGGAAAAAGCGAAAGAAAAUAGCAGGAGAACAAGGGGCUGGAGAAGUUUUUUUGGCCCAUUGAGGAGGAUUUGGACUGGUCCAACAGGCUACUUUUAUGAUUUAUUACCGCUAUCUUCAAAGUUAUUAACUGCGAAACGGCUUUAGGAGCCGAGAAAUGAGCUGGAUUUAAAGCGAUUUCCCACGCCUAACGAGUUGGACGAAAAUCAAAAAUUUCGUUCGCAAAAUCUCUAUAUAUUCCGCUAGAUUGAGCAGCAUGCUACAAGCCGUCUAACUCAAUAUAACCAUCAAUUAUGAAGGCAUUUCGUCUACCAAACUUCUCUUCAAGACAAUCGUCUUCACUGUCUUCCUUGGACCAAUUCGAUUGGUUCACCACCUCGCAGUUCUUCACUGACAUUCUUACAAUUCAGGAGGUCGUGUUGACCCGGUCAAAGUCCAAGCGACUUGGGCUGACCCUAUGCUACGGUGGGACGGCCGACGACGAUACUGACAUCUUUAUCAGUCAGGUAAGUCUUCGGGCAUUUUACUAGGCCCUAGCUUUCUAAUUAGCCCUAUGUAGAGUCUAGCAUUACCAUUUCCACUCUACUAGUCAGCCCUAGAAUAAAUCUCAACUCCUUUUCAACCUUUGAAAUCUCUUUCAAGUUAGUUGAAGUCAUUGAAACCCCUUUGAAGUCGACGAUUUAUAGUCGCAACAAAUUUACGUUGAGCCGCUCAAAAACCAAGAUCUUCAAAGGUAUCUUUUGGAGGGGUUGGGCAAAAAAAACGGUGUCGAUCACUCCACGUCAAAGGUAUCGAAUUGCAUAAGCACUAAUGCCGGGGAAUAUUCGAAAAGUCUGACUAGUAGACACUGUCCUAAACAACCGUGUUUUUGAAUAUGAUAACGCGAGUCUACGUUCAGAUUGAGCCUGGAAGCGUGGCGGACCGCGACGGACGAAUACGGAUUGGAGAUCAAAUCCUACAAGUAAGUUGCUUUCAUUUUCUUGUUCGUAAAGCUAUACUGCACGCUAGCAAAUGCCAAAAAGCAUCUUUAUUUUCCGAUCCUUCGCCCGGCACUCUGAGCAUGCAAGUUCUGGAAUAUUUAACUGCUUUUAGUCUACUCGUUUUAUGACAUGUCAUAAUUCUUGCACCUAAUCGCUUCUUUCAACAGUAGAACAAGUUUUAUCACUGGUCAAUAAAAACUUUAUGUCUUGUUGAUAGGCCCUCUUCUACAACGCUCAUUUCAGAUAAACGGCCAAAGCGUUCGAGGCCGAGACGAAGCGAUGCGGCAAUUUGCCAGAGGCGACACGAAUCACACGUCGUUGUUGUUGGCUCGACCCUCCGCGGAGGUAUGUGAACCCUUUUGUUGUUCUCAUAAUACGUAUAUUCAUGCUUAUUUACCGUUUAAUCUCACGAAUCAGGAAGUUUAUUGACUCUCUUUGUUUUCCGAGGGGUCUAAUGACUUUAGUGCCGAAUCAUAAGUUCGUUUAGAGAAAAACUCUAUGAGAUCUGUCAUUAGAAAAAAGGCUCGAAGCCGAGUGAGAAAAGGCCCGUAAAUCAGGCAAAUGGUGUGUUUAUCACGCUUGUCCGGCUUUUUCCAAGCCCGAGGACACGGACGUAUAAAAUUUAUAUGGUCUUAUUUACUGGAUGGGACCAAAAACAAUAAAUAUAAAACAAAUUGACAUUUCUUAACACCUUGCUAGGUUGCAGCUAAAAGCCUGUGCAACAAGUCCAAAUUCACUAAAACCCCAACCUUUAGGACAUCUGAUUGCUUUAUUGUAAACAAAAAAUUUUUUCCCGAAUUUCAAACAAAACUAUACUCCCCGUACAAUGUUUUGACCCCCCUCCUAACUCGGUCCAAGGUGUACUAAUUCGGACCAAAUUUGGUAUGUGGUAUACUCACAGGGUAGUAACAAAAAAUAACAUAGCUGGACCUACCUUAUAGUUGAAUUUCAAAAUCUAUGGGCAAUUUUCAAAAAUCACCUUAAAAAAUCGAGGAAAAAGUUUUGAUCCCCCUUAAAAAAACGUUAGAUAUCGCCAGCGGAUGCUACGCAAACCUAUUGUAAUCGACGUCCCAUACCUGAAUACAGGUUAAUGAAUGGUUUUCCGUUGAAUGCUUCGUUGCAUUUGAGGAUUCAACGCGUUAAACCGUUUUUGAUGUAGAGCUGCCCAAAAUUGUAAAAAUCUUGCCCUAUCGCUUUCCUAGAGCUCUAAAUUGAGUUUAUAUUAUGUGCUUUAGACCUGUAUUUACCCUCUCCUUUCAAUAAAAGUGCAUGGUGGCCUGGCGGUGUAGAUUCGGCAGUUACCCUCUUGUCAUGCCCAGCCUUGGUGAGCCAUUUGCUCUUUGACUUAAGGUCGAGAUGUCGUUAUUAGGUCCUCAAUGUAAUCCUGAGACUCCUAUUUACUCUCAGUAAUGUAAAAUGUUUUGAUUUGACACGUUUUGUAAUGGGUUUCAUUCACCUUAAUCUUGAGUUUGCCGUUACUGUAGAUCACCCCGAGUACUAUUACAUCCCCACCUCCCAUUUGGCGUUUCAUACGUCUCAAGUGAGUAUGGUGGGUGCUGUAGCGUCUGAAAUUACUUGGUCCAUCAAAUGAAAGCCGUUUUUGGUGGCUAAAAAUCCAUUUGAAAAACGCGGGUUUUUCGUUAAGGUGCAGAUCGGCGAAGUUGCGCCUGCAAACCAUAUGAGACCGUGUCAGCCGGAGUUUAUUCUUUGUUUGAGAGUAACUAGGAGUCUCAGGAUUACAUUGAGGACCUAAUAACCACAUCUCGACCUUGAGUCAAAGAGCAAAUGGCUCACCAAGGCUGGGCAUGACAAGAGGGUAUCUGCCGAAUCUACACCGCCAGGCCACGAUGCACUUUUAUUGAAAGGAGAGGGUAAAUACAGGUCUAAAGCACAUAAUAUAAACUCAAUUUAGAGCUCUAGGAAAGCGAUAGGGCAAGAUUUUUACAAUUUUGGGCAGCUCUACAUCAAAAACGGUUUAACGCGUUGAAUCCUCAAAUGCAACGAAGCAUUCAACGGAAAACCAUUCAUUAACCUGUAUUCAGGUAUGGGACGUCGAUUACAAUAGGUUUGCGUAGCAUCCGCUGGCGAUAUCUAACGUUUUUUUAAGGGGGGUCAAAACUUUUUCCUCGAUUUUUUAAGGUGAUUUUUGAAAAUUGCCCAUAGAUUUUGAAAUUCAACUAUGAGGUAGGUCCAGCUAUGUUAUUUUUUGUUACUACCCUGUGAGUAUACUACAUACCAAAUUUGGUCCGAAUUAGUACACCUUGGACCGAGUUAGGAGGGGGGUCAAAACAUUGUACGGGGAGUAUAUAUCUAAUUUUAGCAAGACGACGACGAUGAAGAUGUCCACGUCGUUGUUGAAGAAGCCGAUCCCACUGAACUCACCACAAUAACCAAGAAUCUCCAUACUCUGGCCGAAUACGACGACAGUAACACAGAGAACUCGCUGCAGCAUGAGAAAGACUCCGGGGUGUCGCGAACAACAGACUCCGAGCCGGAUGUCAAAGGCGUCGAGAAAGGGAAGUCCUCGGAUUUUGAGAACGAACUGUCAGCGCUCCACAAAGAGAUGGAGAAUGUUCGACUGGAGUGCGCGAGGUUGAUGAACAAACACAUGACUGAACGAAAGCCAAUGAAUUCGGCGUUAGUUGAGAUGUUGGACAAGAUUAAUCAGCCCUUCAUUCCAACCAAGCUUCCGGCCGCGUUGGACCGACGGAGUAACAAAAUGUCCGUGAAACCGGAGAUGAAGUCUCCAACGCCUUUACGACGAACAGUCAAGGAAUUUACCGCACCGAAAACGCCAAAGAUGGGAAAAGUUGGAGUCACAUACGAUGAAACGACCUCUUCAGCAUACAAUACUGGUGGAGAUUCUUGUCGCUCGACACCGAACAAAAACGAAUACAUGCAUGUGGAGACGGCUCCAGCCAAUCAACGCCCUGGAACAUUAUCAAUUCAGCAUAGACGAGUAGAACCAAACCUAAUGUCGCCAACGUCCUCCGAACAUCCCUAUCAAACAAUUGAUACGCCCGUAGCAAGUGUCACUAGUCCACCGGUCCAAUUCCGACUACCUCAAUUCAACUUCCAGCCUCCUCAAGAGCAAAAGAAGGGGACGCUGAGGAGAUGCCAAAUUCAAGCGUCUUCCGCAUUGCCGCAAAUUACGUAAGUUUAGGCCUUCUCAAUUAUAACAUACGGACGUAGAAAAGUUUCAUUUGUCCAGCUUCUCCAAAAACCGAGACGAUUUUUGUAUCCCAUUUCCGGCAUUAGUUACAAAGCAUCCCAGACAACAUCAUGCGGCAGACAACGCAUUAAAAUGCAUCUUUACUGCGGCAAAGAUGCAUUCGGAUCCGUUUUCUGCCACAUGAUAUUAUCCGGGACCGCAUAGAACUCAAUUCUCGGACUUCCACGCGAAGGAACACUAAUUCUCCCAAUAAUUUUCAGUUUCCGCCCUGGUGACAUAAUGUACACUUCGCCGGAGAAGUUGGGUGAGACAAUCGCCCUUCAGCAACGACUUCUCAAACAAUCGCUGGGUGAUCCACAUGCCAGCCAACUCAAACCCACCACUUCGGCCGUCUCAUGCGUUACUUCGAAUAAUUAUGCGAAAUACUACGACAACAAGGUUGCUGAGCAGCCAAAUACCUAUGAGUGGAAGAUCAAGAGGAGAGCAGAUGGAAGCAGAUACAUCACUAGGAGGCCUUUAAGGUAAGAGAAGACCAUGAAUAAAAACAGAAAUAAAUUUGACAACUUUGCCUGAUAACCCUCAUUUUUACCAAAUAAAUUAUCAAAACCUCUAAUUUUCAGAUCGCAAGUCCUCAAAGCCCGUGAAGAACAACUCAACCGAGAGCGAACCGGUAUGUCGACCGACGAUGACGCUUGCUCUGACCUCAAAACUGGCAAAUUCUGGACUCGCCAGGAGCGCAAACAACACCUCGAAAGACAGCGGCAAAAGAAGGUGAAGAAGGCGCAACUGCUCCAGGAGAAUCGACGAUACCGCGAGAACGAGCCGCUAAUUCAAACGCUCUCCGACCGAAAACAACUGCGCCAAAGUAACCGCCAAUUCUUCGACAAAUUCACCACAAUUCAGGAGUUCCUGGCGCACGGUGCACGCGAUCCGACGCUCCGACCGAUCGGGGGAGUUCUUAG